AUGGCAUGUCCCAGCGCAGAACAGCCCCAGCUCGUCGACAGCGGCGAUGAAAACCCUGUCUUUACUCACUUGGUCAGCAGAGUGGCCAGCAUGGAACCUGUCGACGCAAGCAUCCUCAGAGCAACUCCCGCAUCGCAAGUGCUGCAAUCCUGCGGUGCUGCAUUGAGGUGGACGGACCAGAAUCUGUAUGAACGGAGCUUUCCAGUCGAGUUGAUCCAAGUUUUCUGGAGCCACAGCUGGCAUGGCAACCACUACAUGAAGAGGCUGCUGUUGCUUCUGCUGUACAACGGGCCUGCUGCAGCAAUUGCUGCCACCAUCUCAGCUCUCUUGGUGAUGACCAUCGGCGAAGAGCAAGGCAUGACACUGGUGUUCGGCCCGUGGUGUACGCUGACAGCAGGACUGGUCUUCGUGGUCGUGCUUCUGCUAUGGAAACCGAGGACAUUGGUCUUCCUUGACCAGGCAUGUAUCAAUCAGAGGCAUGCAGAACAGAAAGCCAAGGGAAUUAUCAGCAUUGGCGCCUUCCUGAAAUAUUCUGAGCAGUUUUUGCUCAUUUGGGACGUCGCUUUGCAGACAAAUCCUUUGGAGGCCUUGUUGAAGGACCGGACCAGACGGCGGCGGAAGGUGAGCGCGUUGCAGUUUUCAUACUGGCUGAAGCGCUCCUUCUUCACGGACGGUGGCUGCGACUUCUCGUGGACAACCAAGCUGUCGCUGGCAGGUUGCUUGGCGGUGAGGCCGUGGAAGCGUGUGGCAAAGGCGGUGCGUUGGCUGCAAGUGGCAUGGGUUCCGGCUCACAACAAGCAGGCCUCUUGGACGCCUCCCUCAGGCUGGAUUGAUGCCGACGCUUGUCGAGCUCUUAAUAGGCGGGCAGACGCUGCUGCUGGCUCGGCUCUGCAGCCUUGCAGUCAAGCAGUGGCUCACGCGGCUCGUGCCGCUGACGAGAGGUUUGAGUGGGCGCGGGAUGCUGUGGCAGCUCAGCGAGCAGCUACGCAGGACUGGCAUGAUCGCUUCGUCAACAUGAUCAGGCAGCAGCGGCGUCAAUCGGCGUGA